AUGUCGCUCAUUAACAUUUCUUUCUUUCUUUCUUUCUUUUUUCUUCCUUUCUUUCUUUCUUUCUUUCUUUCUUUUUUCUCAUUUAUUUUAACAUGCAUCUCCCUUAAUUUGUUGCUUUUUCUUUUCCAUUUUAUUUCGUAUCUUGUUUUUAAUCAACACUUUCUUUUUUCUUUCUUUUUUCUUUGUUGUUGUUGCUUUAUUCUUUUUCUUUCUGUUAUUACUUCUUACCAUGUUUUUAAUCAACACUCUUUCUUUCUUCUUUACAUUCUCUUUAUUUAUUUAAUCCUUUCUUUCACCAUGGGUAUCUUUCUUUCCUUCUUUCAUUCAUUCAGUCUUUCUUUUUUUUUUCUUCUUUUUGUUUCUUUUUUUCUUGCUUCUUCCUUACUUUCUUUGUUUAUUUGCCUUUUUUUAUUUUUCUUCUUUACCUUCUUGUUCUUUCUUUCUUUCACUGUCUUUACUUUCUUUCUUAUAGUUUUCUUUCUUUCUUUCUCCAUUCUAAACUUCUUUUCUCUUUUACAUUUCUAUAAUUCUUUGUGCUUUUUCUAUUACUUUACUUCUCUUCUCUUCACCCUCUCUCUCUCUUUUCUAUCUAUCUAUCUAUCUAUCUAUCUAUCUAUCUAUCCUUUACCUCUUUCUUUCUUUCUUUUUUUUCUUUCUUUCUAUCUUCCUUUCUAUCUUUCUUUCUAUUGA